GUUCAAAGCAUUGAAUUUCGAUGGGCGUGCUGCAAUGUCGGUUGGAGAGCAAGGCAGAGGCCCUUCUCAUCCUCACACGUGACCUGGAACAGUGCCAGAGCGAGCGGGACCAGUUCAAGCUUAUGGCUGACCAGCUCCGUGAGCGUCACGGCGAGCUACGCAGACGCCUCCAGGCCUGGGGUCCAACAAUAGCAAGUGUGUACGACGGCAAGAACCUCAAGGGCCAGACUGAGAAGAGCUUGGCACAGCUACUAUGUGACCUGAAGGAGCAGAACCGGCAACUGCAGUCUGAGAACGAGUCACUCACCCAGAAACUCCGGGAGUCUCUUGAAGAUGGCAAGGCAUGUGAAUUCUCGUAUUUUCACACACACACACAAAUGACAGAGAAAAAGUUGGGCAAAGCAGCAAGAAUCGUGCAAGCUGAUGCACCAUACCUGAAGCAAAAGCACAAAGAACACUUUCUGCGAGAGCAGCUGGAGGCGCAGGGCGCCGCAGCCGCCGUUGUCCCGAUCCAUGGCCCAGUGCUCAGCAAAGCAGGCCGCCAGGAGCUGGUGCGACAGCUCGAGUUGCUCCAGCAAGAUGGAGAGGGCAGUGUGCACAUUGCAUGCUCCAUGCUGGAGGGUGACCUGCAGGCAGUGUUGGACGAGAAAGAGGAACUGGUGCGGACAGGGGACGCGUACCGCCAAAAGGUGGACCGGCUCAACCUGCAGCUGAACCAUGCACUGCGUGGAGGUGCCGACUACGUGCCGCUCGACGUUGAUGCCUUGCUCAUGGAGAACAGGUAUAUGCAUGAGCGAGCAGCUUGUCCAGAGGAGAAGACCUUACUCACAGCCUCACUCAACAAGUUCAAGGCUGGCUUCUUCUUCGAUUCGUUCAAUAAGCGACACAUUCGCCCCAGCUUUUCCGGGGCUGAAAACGCAACACGUACCCCGCACCUGUCGCCACCCUUCUUGAGGUGGUGA